AACAGUUUUGUGCUCAUUCUUGCAUUCUAAGAGGUGCAACUGUUGUUGUUUCAUUCUUUUACCCUUCAUUCUUCCUAGUUGCUAAUACUAGCCAGCAAGCUGAAAAACAUAUCCUUCUCCCUCGCUCAACUAGACACUUACACUCUCAGGCAGCCACCUAGCCAUGUUUGGCCUCCCUCAGAAGAAGGCACGCAAAGAGGCACCAAAGGCUACAGCUCCUCGUCUCUUUGUCCCAUUCCGUGCCAUUGGUUAUGUCACCAAUGAAGUCCCUUUCAAUAUUCAGGCCAGGGGCCAGGCCUACUUUUUGACCACCUGUGUCGGCACUACUUUUCAUAUCUAUGACGUUGCGAAGAUGAAUUUGCUUUUUGUUGGCGCACACACCUCUACACCGAUCACAGCAUUAGCAACAUUAGGUGAUCUCGUUUUUGCAGCAUGUGGAUCAGAUGUCGUCACGUACAGGAGAGCUAAAGAAGUAGGGCGAUUCUCAUGUGGAACAGACCCAAGACUUUCGAUAGCAUCGCUUGAGAUCUUUGGUCAACACAUUAUCUCGAUCUGCAGCGAUAAUACUGUCAAGUUGAAUGAUCAUACCACAGGAGAGUUAUACACUACUAUCGAUUUUGACCCCUCUUUCACCGUUACAACACUCAUCCAUCCCAGUACAUAUCUCAAUAAAGUGCUCAUUGGGAGCAACCAAGGAACAAUGCAGCUCUGGAAUAUCCGCACAAGCACUAUGAUCUAUGCAUUCAAGGGAUUCAACUCGCCUAUCACCUGUUUCACUCAAACCCCUGUAGUAGAUGUGAUCGCAAUUGGUCUCUUGGAUGGCUCCAUUGUCAUCCACAACAUCAGAACAGACAUUACUAUGAUGACUCUGAGGCAGGAAGCAAAAGUCACUGCAAUAUCCUUCCGAACAGAUGAUCAGCAUGUGAUGGCUUCUGCAAACAUGUAUGGAGAUAUCGCACUUUGGGAUCUGGAUCGUCAAAAGGUGUUACAUGUGAUGAAAGGUGCACACGAUGGAACCAUCCCUUCAAUCCAGUUUUUGAAUGGACAACCAAUCUUAAUGACUUCUGGGGCAGACAAUUCCGUUAAGCAAUGGAUCUUUGAUAGUUUGGAUGGCCUUCCCCGCUUGUUAAAGUCUAGAAGUGGGCAUCAUGCACCACCUACCAAUAUUAAAUAUUAUGGCGAAGAUGGACAUUUUAUCUUAUCUGCUGGUCGUGAUCGUUCACUCAGAGCAUUCUCCACUCUCCGCGACUCACAAUCGGUUGAGUUAUCGCAGGGAUCUCUGAGCAAAAAGUCAAAGCUACUGAAUCUUAAGAUUGAUGAACUGAAGCUCCCCCUAAUCACAACUGUUGCAGCAACCUCAACCAAAGAAAAGGAAUGGGACAACAUCUUGACAGCACAUUGGAACGAGCCCGGAGUACGUACAUGGAAUUACCAGCGCAAGACUUUGGGUGCACAUAUCAUGACUCCAAAAGAUGGAUCUUCUACUAAAACAGUAACAGUCAGCAAAUGCGGAAAUUUUGGCUUUGUUGGCUCAGCUUUGGGUGGAAUUGAUAUGUUUAAUAUGCAAUCAGGGAUCUUCCGACGGUCUUUUGAUGAGGAUGGUCAUAAGAAAGCGAUCACAGGGCUUCAGUCAGACCGUCUGAGCAAAACAUUAAUUUCAGGGUCUCUGGAUGGGUUCCUCAAGCUCUGGGACAUUAAGACAGGCAAAUGUGAACAUACUAUGGAGAUGCCCUCACCCAUUACACAUUUGCUUUUGUACAGUGAGAAUAAUCACCUGGCCGUUAUCUGCGACGAUUUAUGCAUACGCAUUGUGGAUGUUGAAAACCGCCGUGUUGUUCGUGAAUUCUGGGGUCACUCAAAUCGCAUUACAGAUAUGACAUUCAGCCCUGAUGGUCACUGGCUUGUUUCCUCCUCUUUGGAUACCACUAUCCGCACAUGGGAUUUACCAACUGGACAUAUGGUUGAUAUUUUCAAAUGCGAAAGCAUCGCCACCAGCCUUAGCUUCUCGCCCACUGGUGAUUAUUUGGCAACGGCACAUGUUGACAAUGUUGGUAUCUUCCUGUGGGCCAAUCGCAUGCAAUUUACAACUGUAUCAUUGAGAAGUAUCACUGAAGAUGAUGUGAUUCGAGUGGCUCUGCCAACAUCCUCUACCCUGGAAGAUGAAAACGAAGAAGCUGAGAAUAUCUUCACAACCAAUGAAGAAGUACUCGCGUUGGAACCAGGCAUUGAAUCUGCCGAACAGUUGACAGAGCAGAUGAUCACGCUGUCGCUCCUCCCUAAAUCCAAAUGGCAAACAUUAUUGAAUCUAGAUGUGAUCAAAGCCAGAAAUAAGCCCAAGGAGGCACCCAAGGCACCUGAGAAGGCACCCUUCUUCUUGAGCACACUUCCAGGAGUUGAACCCAAGUUUGUUGCAACUAAAAAGGAUGAGGAGCGUACGGAUGCUGCGGACACCAAAAUGAUCCGUAUGAAUAUGCUACAGCCAGAGACUGUCUUUAUGACGCUUCUGAAACGAGGCCACAAAUCAGGACAAGAUUACUCGGACUUUUUUGAUCAUAUCAAAUCACUGAAUCCUUCUGCUGUGGAUUUUGAGCUCAGGUCCAUGUCAUUGGACAACGAUUUGGCAGAACCGAGAUAUUUUUUGGAGGCAAUCGAAUAUCUCUUGAAGAUGAAACGGGACUUUGAGUUGGCAGAAGUAUAUUUGAACGUUUUCUUGAAGAUCCAUGGCGAUGUUUUGGUUGCAAAUCCGGAAGCAGGACUGGAUGAUAAAGAGGAGGACGAAGAUGAAGAUGAAGAUGAUAUGGAUGAUGAAGACGAGGAUAGUGAGAUGGAAAAUGAUUCAGAUAGUGAUGACGAGAAUCGUAUUCGGAAGCGUAGUAACAAGAAACUUAAGAUCAAGGUCAAUGCUACCAAGGCUGGUCCGAUGAGUGUCAGCUUGCGGCUAAGGCGGGUGAUAACAGAGCAUCAACGUGAAUGGAAGCGGCUUGAAGAACUCUUUCAAAGUACACUUUGCCUGAUCGAGUUUAUGAGAACGAAGGCAUAAAAACACACAUCCGUCGGCAGAAAUUUGUUGGGUUUUAGAGCAACCUCUGCAAUUUAGGCAUUUUCGAAUGUUUUCUUUUUCUUUUUUCUCACUGUUCUCCUCAACUUCAUUAAUAAAGAACUCAAUAG